AAUAUCUGUAAUUUGGUGUUUCUUCGCCUUGAUUAUACUAAUUUUAUUCUUUGGAAGUUUCAAUUAACUUCUAUUCUCAAGGCUCACAAAUUAUACGGGCUUGUCGAUGGCUCUACAGCAAAACCAUCUGAGUUCUUGGCUGCUUCUUCAUCUGAUGCUGUUCCGUCACCUAAUCUUGCAUUCAGCGACUGGAUCGCAAAAGAUCAUGUCCUAAUGACCCUCAUCAAUGCGACUUUGUCUCCUGCUGCGUUGGCUUAUGUGGUUGGUUGUUCAUCUUCCAAGGAAGUGUGGGAAACCUUAAUCCAGCACUAUUCUUCAAAUUCUCGUACUAAUAUUGUCAGUAUUAAAUCGGAUCAGAGUUGCAAUCAAUUACCAAGAAGCAUGAUGAAUUGAUCGAUUCUUAUAUCCAGCGUAUCAAUGAGUUGAAGGAUAAACUUACCAAUGUUUCUGUUCAAAUUGAUGAUGAAGAUCUCACUAUCUAUGCCCUAAAUGGAUUACCUUCUUAUUAUAAUGCCUUCCGCACGUCAAUGAGGACCCGCUCGCAACCUAUCUCCUUCAACGAGCUUUAUGUCCUUCUAGUCUCUGAGGCGUCUGCGAUUAAUCAACAAUUGAAUAAGGAUGAGGUUUUUGCCUCUCCCUCUGCUCUUCUUGCAAAUCAGACUCCCUCCAAGCAUCAGAAUGUAAAUCCCAAUAUUUUGCAAGGUCGCGGUUUUACUGGCAGAGGAAAGUUUCAGAAUUUUGGUUGAUCGAAAUCAUCUCCUAGCUCUCUUCCUAGGCUAUCCGUUAGAUUAUAAGGGAUACUUGUGCUACAACAUGAGCAAUGGUCGACUCUAUACCUCUCGCCAUGUCAUUUUUGAUGAGUCUCUAUUUCCUUUUUCUCUUCCUUCUUCACCUGCUAAUUCUCCUCCUUCCUCUUCCUCGUAUCAACUUCCUUUUUCUUUUUUUUUUCCCCUCUGAUCCUUUACCUCUGUCACCUACCAUGCCUCCCAUUCCACCUAUUUUACCUUCCACGUCUCCUAUCCAUCAGCCCAAUCUAAUAUCAUACCAACCUUGCCCCUUAUCCCGCAUACUUCACCUCAUCCUCCAUCUCCUUCACCUAUUGAACCCAAUUUCCAUUCCACUACACCUAUUCCUCCAAAUUAUACCUCUCUUUUAUUACAUCCCUCAUUACCAACUCCUACACCUUCUUCACCUUGUCCGGUCAUGCCUAUGAUCUCUGCUUCAGAUCCGUUGAUUCCUGAUUUUGCAACUUCUGGGAUAAAUUCUCCUUCAGUAGUGACUAUACCACAUAAUACUCAUCCUAUGCAGACUCAUGCUAACUCGGGUAUUUCCAAGAGGAAAGUGUUCAUGGAAACCUCUCUACCUAGUUCCUCUGUUGAACCUACUUCGUUUAUUGCGGCAUUUAAGUUGUCUCUCUGGAGAGAUGUCAUGGCUGAGGAAUAUGAUGCUUUAAUUCGGCAAAAUACUUGGGUUCUUGCUCCUCUCCUAGCAGGUAAAAUAGCUAUAGGCUGCAAAUGGUUGUAUCGUGUUAAACAUCAUCUCGUUGGAAGUGUUGCUAGACAUAAAGCUAGGUUGGUUACCAAGGGGUUUCAUCAAGAGGCAGUAUUGACUAUGAAGAAACCUUUAGCCCAGUUGUCAAUUGAAACUCACUGUUCGCAUUAUUUUCUCUCUUGCUGCACAGUAUGGCUGGUCUCUCCAUCAAUUGGAUGUUAAAAACGCCAUUCUCCAUGGUGAACUUCAAGAGGAGGUGUUUAUGCAACAACCUCAAGGCAUUUUGAUGACUCUAUCACAUAUCUCCUAUUGUAUAUCGAUGACAUUAUUAUUAUCGGCAGUCAUCAUGUUUAUAUUGAUCAGCAGUUGAUAUCUCAGCUUCGUUUACGUUUUGAAAUGACUGACUUGGGUGUCUUGCGGUAUUUUCUUGGGCUUGAAGUUAGCCAUUCUUCUAUUGGGAUAUAUGUUAAUCAAGCUAAGUAUGCUCGCGAUGUGCUUAUUCGGUUUGGUAUGCUUGCUUCCAAACCUUGUCAUACAACUAUUGCUCUUACUGCUCCAUCUGAUGUUGGUUCCCCAUGUACUGUCGAGGAUGCUCAUAAUUAUGGGGCUAUGGUUGGUGCCUUGCAAUAUCUCACGUUUAGUCGACCAGAUAUCGCCUUUUCUGUUAGGAAGUUGUCUCAACAUAUGCAUGCCCCUUUUUCAUCUCAUUUGAUUACAGCCAAACGGGUAUUGCGCUAUAUAAAUGGUUCUCUUCAUGUCAGUCUUUUGUUUAAGAAAGGUGGUUCUGUUGAUGAAGCUCUUAGGCUUCGAGCCUUUUCUGAUUCGGACUGGGCUGGUGACCCCUCUUAUAGACGAUCCACUACUGGAUUUGUUGUUUUCUUGGACUCAAAUCCCAUAUCUUGGGCUGUUAAGAAACAGACCACUGUUUCUCGGAGUUCUACGGAGGCUGAAUACCGAGCUCUCGCCAUCAACUGCUGUUGAAAUUUCGUGGCUAAGACAGCUUCUUAAAGAUUUUCGUCUCUUCAGCCCUUACCCGCCUGUCCUAUACUAUGACAAUCUUUCCGCUCUUCAGCUUGCCAAAAAUCUGGUCUUUCAUAGUCGAACAAAACACAUUGAAAUUGACUUUCAAAGAAAGAUCUUACAUUGCAGUUUGUUCCUAGUACUCAGCAGCUUGUUGAUAUGUUGACUAAACCACUUACUUGUGAUAGACUGGAGUUCUUCAAAGCCAAACUCAUGCUUCCUUAGGCUGUUCAUUUGCGGGGGAUAUUAAAUUGAUUACUACUAUAUUUACUUUUCUGUUAUAAAAUUAGUUGUUGUAUCUGUUAGUGGUUAUAAUAUUUCUCAAAGUCUUGUAUCUGUAUAAAUACUAUUAAAAGUCCUUCCAAUAAUGAAAAA